CACCAAAACAGGAUAACAAAACAAAUAUCUGAGGGAAGAAAAGUUAGCGAAUCAAAUCGUUUUUGAGCUGACCUAUUUAAAUCAUCCGAUUUCGUUCAUUGCAAACCUCCCCCAGUGCCUUUUUGUGCGUUUUCCCAAAGCGCAAACGCGCGUCUUCCCACCUGCAGCUUGGGCGCGUUUGGGCAGCUGAUGAUUUUCAAUGACAGUUCAUCGAGCAGGGAAAAACGUGUGGAUCUGUAGUCGGUUCACACCCGACUUGUCACGGACAUAAUAGAUCAAGAGAGACACGAUAAGGCUGAGUUAUUAGAGCCUGACGCUCGAAGCGCAACAUCUGGAGAUCAGCAGCAUCAGCAGCAGCAGUCAUGGGCAACAGUGUGUCCGGAAUCAGAGCGCUGCACAGGGGACAGCAGAACAGAUUUCAAAGACUUCCAAACUCACAUAAAGACUCUCUGGGUGGACCAUUCCCCUCGACAGCUCACCGAUGCCACCACAAACCCAAACGCUGUUUACCCUUGCAUCCGUGCGGAGGAGUCCCGGUGAGCCCCCUUCUAUUCCACCCCAACGCUAAAGGCUCUCAGAUAGUCAUGGAUUUAGCACAAAGGAGCGUCAAACGGCAGGCCAGCUUCUGCAAUGCCAUCACCUUCAGCAACCGGCCCAUUGCUCUUUAUGAGCAAGUCCGCUUAAAGAUAACUAAAAAGCAGUGCUGCUGGAGUGGCGCUCUCCGCCUGGGCUUUACUUCUAAGGACCCGUCUCGAAUCAAUCCCGACAGCCUGCCCAAAUACGCCUGCCCUGACCUGGUAUCCCAGAGCGGCUUCUGGGCCAAGGCUCUGCCAGAAGAGUUUGCAAACGAAGGGAACCUUAUUUCCUUCUGGGUGGAUAAGAAGGGGAGAGUAUUUUACCGCAUCAAUGAUUCCAGCCCCAUGCUGUUCUUCAGCGGCGUUCGGACCACAGAGCCACUGUGGGCCCUCAUUGAUGUCUACGGUCUGACCAGAGGAGUGCAACUGCUGGACAGUGAAGUCGUCCCUCCAGACCUUCUCCGCCCACGAUCCUUCACCACAGUGCGUGGAUCCACCUCUUUACGACGUGAAGCAGACACCUCCCGUCUGUCCGUCAGUCUUUGCGAUCUUAACCUGCAACAAGAUGAUGCCAGGCUUCGACUGCCUCCCGCACCGGUCGCAUGUCCCAUUCCUCAAAAUUCCAUGAACUCCCAGCAGUCAUCGCUGCUUCCUCACACUUUGGAAUGUGACCUACGUUUCCACCAACUCCGAGGUGCCCACAUCAAAACCCUUAACGAACAGACUGUGGCCCGAUCCGAACACAAUCGUGAAGAACGCACGCUGGUCUUCACAGAUCGCCCGCUGCGAAUUGGCGAAACCAUCUUCAUCAAAGUCAUCAAGUCCAGCCCUGCUCGAUCUGGGUCUCUCUCAUAUGGUGUGACAUCAUGUGACCCAGCAGUGCUUCGCCCUAGCGACCUCCCUUACAAUCCUGAAGCGCUGGUAGACCGCAAGGAAUUCUGGGCGGUGUGCAGGGUGCCUACUGCUUUGCAGAGUGGCGAUAUCCUGGGUUUCCUGGUCACACAGGAAGGGGAAGUCAUUCUGAGUCAUAAUGGGAACAACGUGGGGAUGCAGGUGUGUGUGGACAACUCACGACCACUCUGGAUGUUCUUUGGACUGCAUGGUGCUGUCACGCAGCUGAGGAUUCUAGGCUCCACUUUCUUGGGUGAUGCUCGUGACCCGUCCACCCCUGGCUCGCCCUCUGCCUCGCCCCUCUCGCCCUCAGGCCUGUGCGGAGGAAGCCCAGAGCCCGGUCUCAACGAACGUGGCUGUUCUGCUGCCUUCUGCAGCUCCACUGAAGGAACAACACCCAACUCACCCGUCAGUCUCCCCAAAUCCCCCACUUUCCCAUCCGCCUCAGGCGCAUGGCCGGACGAGUGUUCAAUCUGCUACGAAAACACAGUGGACACCGUCAUCUACGCCUGCGGACACAUGUGUCUCUGCUACACCUGCGGUCUCCGUCUCAAAAAAAUGGCCAACGCUAGUUGUCCCAUCUGUAGGAGAGCUAUCAAAGACAUUAUAAAGACCUACCGGAGCACUUAGGAGGGAACCCAUUCACCCUCCCAAACCCAAGUCUCAUAAGGGCCAUUAAGGAUCUCUGCUAGAUCUCUGUUUCAAGAGAGGGUUGGUGUCACAGUUCAGGGACUUGCUCUGGCACUGCAUGGGUCUCCGCUCCCAUGGCGAUGACUUUUGAACCCUUGAACCUUCAAGGCUCAGGCAUCCAUUCACAAAAGGUCUUUCGUAUUUCAUGCUCAAGUCUCUGUUGCUAUGGUAACCAGUGAUGUUGCUGCUUUUUAGAAGCAUCUGGCUUUUCAACCGACGUAAGACAGUAUCUCAUCCAAUUCAGGUGGUUGCACAUCUCCAAUUUCUUCUACUCUCUCCGUGAGCCAUAAUAGACUGCAUAACAGACUCUCAUCCAUAGCAUAGCUGCAUAUCCUUUAAAGCUGGAAUCAUAUUCAAUACGGGGUGUUACAGUUAGCUAUUUUUUCCUUCUGCUGUCCGACCAGCUAAGGCACGUUCGACAUUGAAAUUCAUACAAGAACGUCUCAGCGUUUCACAAUUUUUGUCUGUGCCGGGCUGAGACAGAGACAGAGAUAAAGGUACAGUGCUUUCAUACCUCACCAUUUCAUGCUAGUUGUGUAACCGACAGCUUGCCCUUAUUACAUGCUCUAAAGUGAGUUGAUCUGGAGGUCUUUGUGCUUUGAUGACUAUUUGAUCAUGUGUUUCGUAACGUAAUAUGAAGCUUUGGUAGGUAGCAGGUCAGCUAAGGGUCCGCUAUAAUUUUGCUUAUGCGUGCAUUCAGCGAGCAGGACGUUGUGGUGGAGUUAAAGAGAUAUAAUUUGUUAAAACAAUACACGGGGAUGAUUAACCAGCGAGUCAUGUGGCAUACAUACAGUUAUGUAACAACUCAUUUAAAGAACAUUAAUAUUGGAUAUCUUAAUUAAUCCAACGGUGCUGGAAAAAGUGAUCUCCACAGAGAAGCGCGGUUGAAUAGAGCACCUCAUCUCACGACCUUAAAACAUGUUGGCCUAAUCAAACCUUGAUUUACUGUGAACUUGUUCUCGAUCUGCCGAUCGGAACACGCACACUCUGGGUUUUCUGCUAAAGCAAUUGCAAUGUUGCCAUGGAGAGCAAAAUCCAUGAAGAAGGAAAACAGCCUUGAGGCAUUAACCAAUGAAAGGGUCAUUUGUGGUGAGAGGAUAUUUGAUUUGCCCAGUUAAUCCAUAUUUCUCCCAGCCCCCCUCCGCUGACACUUUCUGUAGGCCACAAAUGGCGUGUAUGUGGAUAAUAGCGAGCGCAGGCCACCGAUGAAAUAGCAAAUUGAUUAAAAUGGAAUAUGUUUGGAAAAAAGCUGGCUUGGCGUUCGUACUGGUGCUGAGAAAGAAAAAGCAGGGUUCAAGUAGAUGAUCAAUUUCUUUUCGACUCACCCCUAAAGCCAAAUUCAACUAGCAUUUGACAGCAGACUCCAAGGUUAUUUAAGGACAAGUAUAGAAAGUUCAAUAUCAACACCAACAGCUGGAAAAGACUCUUUUAGAAAUCCUGAUUUAUGGCAAAUAAGCGAAAGAGGACACAAUAAUGCGCAUUUGUGGAUGUUCAAACAGCUAAUGAGUAAUAUCGGUGAACUACAAUGGACUGCAGGCUAAUAUUGUUCAUAACCAGCCAGUUAGCUUGUGUAAAGCAAUCGUGAUGACUGGCGCUUAAAUUCAUGCUGCUAUUAGUAUUAGCCAGCUCUCCUUCAGGCAAUUCUAACACCGUGUCGAGAAAACGUCCCGUCACUCCUGACGGGAUAUUCUGUUUUUGUUUGAAGUGGUGAUUCACUUUUGAAUGUUAUUUAUGUUAAUUAGAGGAACCUAUUAGCAUAGCUGUAUCUGAGGUGUUGCUAUAGCGCUUUGUUUUUAUUAUUAUUAUUUUUUUUUUUCCCUCUUUUUUGAAUUAUUGGACCGAAAUUAUGAUUGUAUAGUUUGCUUGUCAGUCCUCUGUGGUUUAUACGGAAGUGUAUUUCUUGAAUUUUGUGCUGGUUUUCUUGUACCCAACAAGCAGUACACCAAUCAGGGGCUUCGCAGGAAACAAUCAGAACCGGCUUUUUGUUGGAAGCAAGAUGAACUAAACAUUAUGUACACUCCCUAUGAUAUCAGGUGUUUUAUAACUUCACAGGCUACAUAUUUUGUUCUGAAUUGUCUAUUUAUGGUGAAGUUUUACUGAACUGAAAUUGAAAAAAGUUCAUGCAGUUCUGGAAAUGCCCAGAAGGCCCAAUAUUGUAUUUUUGGAAAACUUCAGCAAAUUGACAAAGUUUUUCAUCAUAUAAACCUUGCACUUUUUUAAAUAAAAUAAUUUUUAGUCACUUUAAAAGAUUAUCAAUAUUCCCCCAAAUGUAUUUUUCUUUUCACCCCACUUUUGUAUUUUAUGUCUUUUGCACAAUUUAGGGUGUAAUAUAAGGGCAAUCUUGUUUCUGUCACUUUAUAAAAUUUGAUUGUGAUUUGUUUUGAAAAAAUUACCAGUCUUUCUGUUGAUGUUUGGACAAAAUGAAAUGAAUCCUGUUUGAAUAAGUGUGCUAAUCUUAUCCUGCAUUUCUAUAAUUUCUUGUAAUGAAAUCACUAUAGAAUGGAAUUAUUUAUUUUACGUUCUCGCUUUUAACUCCUUGUUUUUCUGAGGACCUUCAGAGGACACGCAGUCCUUACCGUCGCGCCACAGUUGGAUUCACUUUUGAUUGUUGUCGACCCUGUAAUGUACUUUAUUUAUGUACCGCGUGUAGAGUACGACGUGUUGAAUCUGAUGUGUGUUGCAGAUUGUGUGGUAAAUGUCAUUUACCUUAUUUAGCUUUCCUGUUUUGGAAUUAUUUAGAUAUAAUGAAAACAGCCAUAUUCGCACACUGGCCAAUAAUUUGUUUCAGGAAAAAAAAAAAAAGUUUGAUGUUUUGUAAAGUAACCACAAAUGGGAUCAGGGAUUGCAUAAAUUAUCACCCCAACCUUAAAUAAUUUCAAUUUCAAUGUUGAUACAAUUUGAAUAUUUUUUCAAUGCUGAUGAAAACAGAAGCUUUUUUAUCUUAUUAUAUAUACAUGUUUUAAAAAAUGAUUGGGAUUGCUUUUCUUUAUCCUAUUAAAUGUUGUUUCCAGUGUGUUUCGUUCACUCAUUACCCCACAGUGGGACCAAACUAAUAAUGAAUCAAAAAGGUAUGAUUCCUCUUUCCCAGGGUUCAUUCAAGGGCUGUGAUAAUUGAAUCAUCGAUUCAUAGAGUCCACGAGGUCAGUAGUGAUUUAGUCACGAGAAAUGUCAGUUUUUGACUCAAGCCCUUGUUCAGAUUUGUUUUCUUCUUAAAGUCUGUGAUCAGUUUAUGAAGCGUUGUUUUGUCUGAGUCAAAGAUGACUGUCAAUAAACUUUGCAGAUGCGUUUCA